AUGUCAAAUAUUAGUUUACAAGUGAGGCAAGCAGUACCAUCUAUAGAUUCUGUAGUGGCUGAUUAUGCUGUUGGUUAUAUUAACCAUAUUUCAGAAGCUACUGAAGACAGUGUGAGAUCUCAAAAAAUCAAUAUACCAGAGGAAAUGACAUUUUUAAAUGAUUUAUUGAUCCUGGCUGGUGGAAUCACCGACAAAGUUCAACAGCUAACCGAAACAAUAUCUGAACAAUUAAGUGAGAAACUCAAGAAAAAUAUCGAAAAGUUAGCAAUAACUGGGGACACAUCAAAAAGAUUACUUGAUAUUAAUGUUUUACAAAAUAAUAGUAAAAGAGAUAUAAAUUCAUCACUAGCUUUACUUUCUGCAAGUAAUGAUAUUGAACAUACAGGAAGAGUAAUGGAAAGUAGAGUAGAUAAGAAGAAAUUAGAAAAACAAGAAAGAAAAAUUGCUAAAAAAGUUGCUAAACGUAAUAAUAAAUUUGUAAAAUAUGAAGCAUCGAAAUUAUUAAAUGAAAAACAAACUGAAGAUUAUGAUUCAUUCUUUCUCGAAAUUAAUCCGUUGGAUUUUGGUUCAAGUGCUGGGAAAUCAAAAGAUAUUAAAAUUGAUAAUUUUGACUUGUAUGUAGGAGAUGGUCAAAGAAUUUUAAGUGAAGCUUCAUUAACUUUAGCAUAUGGUAGACGUUACGGUUUAGUUGGUCAAAAUGGUAUUGGUAAAUCUACUUUAUUAAGAGCAUUAUCAAGAAGAGAAUUAAAUAUUCCAAAACAUAUAACAAUUUUACAUGUUGAACAAGAAAUACGAGGUGAUGAUACUCCAGCAUUACAAAGUGUUUUAGAUGCUGAUGUUUGGAGGAAAAGUUUAAUACAAGAAGAAAGUAAAAUAAAUGAAAGAAUAGCUGAAAUUGAAACAUUGCGAAAAGAAUUUGAUGAAGAGUCUUUGGAGGUCAAAAAAUUAGACAAUGAAAGAGAAGAUUUAGAAGAACACUUAGUUGAAAUCAAUGAAAAAUUAAAUGAAAUGGAAUCAGAUAAAGCUGAAAGUAAAGCAGCUGGUAUACUAUAUGGUUUAGGUUUCACCAAGGAAUCACAAAAUUUACCAACAAAACAAUUUUCUGGUGGUUGGAGAAUGAGAUUAUCUUUAGCAAGAGCAUUAUUUUGUCAACCAGAUUUAUUGUUAUUAGAUGAACCUUCUAAUAUGUUGGAUGUUCCAUCUAUAACAUUUUUAGCUAACUACCUACAAACUUAUAAAUCAACUAUAUUGGUGGUAUCACAUGAUCGUGCUUUCCUUAAUGAAGUUGCAACAGAUAUAGUACAUCAACAUUCAGAAAGAUUAGAUUAUUAUAGAGGAGCAGACUUUGAUUCAUUUUAUGCAACAAGAGAAGAAAGAAUUAAAAAUCAAAGACGUGAAUAUGAAAAUCAAUUGGCUUAUAGACAACAUUUACAAGAAUUUAUUGAUAAAUUUAGAUAUAAUGCAGCAAAAUCUCAAGAAGCACAAUCAAGAAUCAAAAAACUUGAAAAAUUACCAGUAUUGGAACCUCCUGAAGAUGAUAAAGUUGUCACAUUUAAAUUUUCUGAACCUGAUGGAAUUUCACCACCAAUUUUACAAUUACAAGAUGUUAAAUUUGGAUAUUCACCAGAUAAGAUAUUAUUUAAGGAUGUUAAUAUAAGUGUAGAUUUACAAUCAAGAUUAGCAUUUUUAGGUGGGAAUGGUACAGGUAAAACUACAUUAUUAAAAUUAAUAAUGGGUCAAUUAACACCAUUAGAAGGGUAUGUAAAUAAAAAUGGUAGGUUAAGAAUUGGUUAUUUUGCACAACAUCAUGUUGACGCAAUGGAUCUUUCGUUAUCAGCAGUUUCAUGGAUGAGUUCAGCAUUUCCAGGUAAAUCAGAUGAAGAAUAUAGACGUCAUUUAGGUUCAUUUGGUAUAACAGGUCCAUUAGGUUUACAAAAGAUGCAAUUAUUAUCUGGUGGUCAAAAAUCAAGAGUUGCAUUUGCUGCAUUAUGUUUAAAUCAACCACAUAUCUUAAUUUUAGAUGAACCUUCAAAUCAUUUAGAUACUCAAGGUUUAGAUGCAUUAGCUGAUGCUUUAAAUAAUUUCAAAGGUGGUAUAUUAAUGGUUUCUCAUGAUGUGAAUAUUAUUGAUAAAGUUUGUAAUGAAAUUUGGGUUGCUGAAAAUGAUACAGUAAGUAAAUUUUCAGGUACUAUACAUGAUUAUAAAAAACAUAUUUUACAGAGUGCAAAUGUUGCAGGGGUUGUUAAAAAACAUUAG